AUGCAAACACUGGAGUCUUCCAAUCCCACAGGUGGGAUCCUUCAGGAGAGAAUUCAUGCCAUUUUCCGAAAGUCGCUCAAAACGGAAACGACUAACAAAGUGAUGGAAGAUGAACUGAGCGCGAACGAGCCGCCGCCGUCGUUGAAGUGCGCCCGCGUGCUUCACCAUUAUUUUAUGCACGCCAACGACCCAACCUUUUCUGGCGAAUUCAUCUCUUUGAAGUUUCCUUUCUCGCAUAUGGCCAAUCAAAGCGGUAGUUCGCCCGCACUGGAGGAGGAUGCGAUGAUCGAAACGCUCAGUGAGCAGCUCAGUCAGAUUGCUCUACAGGGAGGAGGAGGAGGAUGA